AUGUCGCCCUCCCAACCCCAGCAUGACCCGGUUCGGGACCCCAUCGAUGUAGAGCAGGACGACGCGACGGUGUUCAGCGACGAGAAGCAUGACGACCAGCCGCCGCAGAACAUCUUCAGCCAGGGUGGCAAGGACUACCGCACCCUGGGCCGCUGGGAUACCGUCUUUGCCCUGGUCACCAACCAGGUCGGCCUCGGCGUGCUGUCCCUGCCGUCCUGUCUGAAGACCCUGGGCGUCGUGCCGGGCGUCAUCGCCAUCAUCGGCCUGGGCUCCCUCUCCGCCUACACGGCCUUCGUGCUGCUGCAGUUCUAUCGCCGCUACCCCCAGGUCGUCAACGUGGUCGACAUGUGUGGCAUCGUCGGCGGCCCCAUCCUCGAGAUCGUGGCCGGCAUCGGUCUCUUGAUCAAGGUCAUGAUGACGUGCGCCUCGGCCAGCGUGACGCUGUCCGUCUCGUUCAACACCCUCAGCAACCACGCCUUCUGCACGGUGGGCUUCCUGACCAUCGCCGUCGUGGCCUGCUGGAUCCUCUGCCUGCCGCGCACCGUCAAGUUCGUGUCGCAGAGUGGCAUCCCUUCCACCAUCAGUAUCCUCGCCGCCGCUCUGAUCGUCAUGAUCAGUCUGGGCGUGGCUAAUCCCGCUGCCGCACCGCCGGGCUGGGAGAACAAUAUCCAGGUCGUCGGCCGGCCCACCUUUCGCGAGGGGCUGAACGCCUGCCUGAAGAUCUGUUACGCCUACGCCGGUAACAUCAGUUUCGUCGGCUACAUGGCCGAGAUGCGCAACCCGUCGCGGGACUUCCCCGUGGCCCUGGCCUGUCUCGAGGUUUUCUCCAUCACCAUUUACACCAUUGUCGCCAUCGCCAUCUUCUGCCUGGCCGGCGACUACACCACCUCGCCCGCCCUCGGCUCGGCCCCGCGCAUCCCCGCCAAAGUCGCCUACGGCAUCGUGCUACCCGCCGUCUUUUCCACUGCCAUGGCAUUUGGCCAGACCGGCAUCAAGUACAUCUACGUCGUCGUCAUGCGCUGGAUGAACGCCACCCACCAGGUGACCGAUCGCAGUGUCAAGUCCUGGUCCACCUGGGUCGGCUGUGGCAUCCUGUACUGGCUCGUCGUCUGGGUCAUCUCCAACGCCAUCCCCGUGUUCGACUCCAUCCUGUCCAUCUCGUCCGCGACCACCAUCGCCUGGUUCACCUUUGGGCUGAGCGCCAUCUUCUGGUUCCACCUGAACUGGGACUGCUUGUUCAGCGAUUGGAAGAAGAUCCUGCUCUUGAUUCUGAAUUCGCUGCUGAUCAUUCAGUCGCUGUUCAUGAAUGCCGGCGGUCUGUGGUCCUCGAUCACCGAGCUCAUGGACAUCUUCGCGAACGACUCGAGCCAGAUCCGGGGAUCCUUUUCCUGCGGUGACAACUCCGCGGUCUGA